CAGUGACACCAGCAGCUGUGUGAUGAUAGGCCAGUUCGGGGUGUCCUCGUCCCCAAUUAGGACUCCGAGGCAAUGAUGGCUGCCCGCAUGCUGGCCGGGCUCUGUGCCCGCACUGUGCGCCGUGUCCCCGCAGGGAGACGCUCCUUGGGCAGCAGUGAGGACCAGGGGCCCCCAAGCUGGCUGUACGAGCAUGUGCGGGAGGGCUACAGUGCGUGGCCCCAGCUGGACAUGGAAGCGCUGAGCCGGGAUCUGGACGCUGCAGAGCGGGAGCUGGGGGAGAGGAGACCGGGGAGACCCAAGGAGGGGGAGCUGCGGGCAGUGGUCCGCUCCUGGGAAGAGCUGCAGAAGCUGAGACAGGACAUCCACAGAAUGGAGGAGGAGAAAGUGCAAAUAGCCAAUGAAGUCAAAGGCAUGACGAAAACACACGAUCGCCAGAGCCUGCAAUCUCUCCCCAGGUACCUGUCCAUCAGGAACAGAGGGAAAGAGAUUCGCCAGCACCUCGCCGCGCUAUAUCAGCAGGAGACCGAACAAGAAGAAUCCUUUUACCUGGAAGCACUGAAGCUGCCAAACAGAACUCACCCUGAUACGCCUGUUGGUGAUGAAAGCAAUGCUCGAGAGUUGGAGGUUGUCGGGGUGAAGCCUGAGUUUGAUUUUGAUGUGCAAGGCCACCUGGAGCUAGGGGAAGAUUUGGAUAUUAUUAGACAGAGACGCCUGUCACACAUCUCUGGUAACCGCUGCUACUACCUCCGUGGAGCCGGCGCAAUGAUGCAACACGCUCUUGUGAACUUUACAAUGGAGAAACUAGUGAAACUGGGCUUCAUCCCGAUGUCUGUGCCGGACAUGCUGAGAGGAGUAGUGUUUGAAGGCUGCGGCAUGCAGCCCAGCGCUCACAGCUCGCAGGUUUACAGCCUGGAUCCAGCUAUGAACCCGGACUUGCAUCUGGCUGGGACCUCGGAGGUCGGCAUUGCAGGAUAUUUUAUGGAUCAUUCACUCCAAAUGUCUGAUCUCCCAAUCAGGACAGUUUGCUGCAGCACUUGUUACCGGGCAGAGACAGAGACAGGACGCGAGACGUGGGGUCUCUAUCGAGUUCACCACUUUACCAAGGUUGAGAUGUUCGGGGUCACCGCUAACGAGAGUGGGAAGGAAAGCCAGGAGUUAUUGGAGGAAUUCCUGCAAAUCCAGAAAGAGCUUUUCUCCGAUCUCGGCUUACACUUCAAGGUUUUGGAGAUGCCGUCUCAGGAACUCGGACUGCCGGCCUACAGGAAGUAUGACAUAGAGGCCUGGAUGUCAGGACGAGGGAAAUAUGGAGAGAUUUCCAGCGCUUCCAACUGCACCGACUACCAGAGCCGUAGACUGAACAUCAUGUACCAGAGACCUGGAGGGGAGCUGCGUCAUGCCCACACGGUUAAUGGUACAGCGUGUGCUGUCCCGCGACUCAUCAUUGCAAUUCUGGAGUCCAACCAACUAAAGGAUGGCAGAGUACGUAUUCCUAAGGUGUUGCAGCCUUUCAUGAACACUGACAUCAUAGAAAAGCCAUCUUACACUCCACAGAAAUACAUUGGGCCCAAUCAGAGGAAGUAUGAAAGAAAGAAAACAUGACCUGUGUGAUGGACGGAGCACGGACAAUGUAUCAGGAGGAAGCGUGGAUAGAGGUGGAAUCCUAAUCCUGGAUAAUAGAGACGGUGGUGGAAUCCAUGAUGAUCAGUGCACAGCUGCUGGAUAAGGCUGGCCCCAGAUGUAGAUCAUAUUUUGUAAAUAAACUUCUUAAUGGCAAA